UUUAGGCUCGGUGCUAUUUUUCCAGCCGCCCCGUUCCCCGCAGGUGCCGAUGUGACCCUCACGGACGUUCCCGCGGCUCUCCCGCAGCUCCGCCACAACGCGCGCCUCAAUUUCCCCGCGGCUUCCGCUCCGCGGGUGCGGCCGCUGCUYUGGGGGCGCGACCACCGCCUCUUCCCCCCCAAAUUCCACCUCGUCCUGGGCUCCGACAUCGUUUACGACCCCCGGAGUUUCUCGCCGCUCCUGGAGACCCUCGGGCACCUCCUGGAGCCCCCGGCCCGCGCUCUGCUCUGCGCCCCGAUCCGCGGCGGCGCCGGAACCGCGCGCUUCUUCCGCCAAAUGCUGCCCGCGGCUUUUGGGGUGCGGCUGCUGCGGAGAGAGGCGGAGAUCGAGAUUUAUGGGGUGACGCCGCAGUAAAAAGGGGGAGACCCCGAAAAUAUGGACAUUGGGAUUUAUGGGGUGACGCGGCGGGAAA